AUGGAAGCCUCUGUUGCGAUUGACAACAAGUCCAAGACCCUUCCACCAUACGGAGCUGCUCAUCCACCACCGCAUCAUCAUCAUCAUCCUCCUCCUCCAUCUCAUCCGCUUCACCAUCCACCGCCUCCGCCGGGUCCUCAACGUAUGUUGCCGCCGUCCGAAGGGCCGCAUCACGGGCUGCCAGUGCCUCACGGAUUAUAUGACCAGCAAUGGCGCCAGCCAUAUCCUCCUCCGCAUUUCGACAAUGCAGAGCAACGCCGUCAUUCGACCACCGGCCAACCCCACAACCCUCUUCCCCAUCAAUCCUAUCCUCUUGCGCAGCCCAGUCGAGAGCUACCCCAGCUACCGCCUGGCGAUCCCUAUCCUCGCCCGAACAGUCUUCCAGCACCGCCUACCACACAUUCUCCGUCAGACGCGCUUCAAUCUCACCCAUUUAGACCUAUGAACGGAACUCCGCCCGAGCCUGCACCUCCACAUUCCGCCCCCAGUGAUUAUCGACAGCGGAUGCAAUAUCCUCCUCCCCCGCCUCACGACACACCAGCUCCGAAUAAUGUCGAACCCCAGGGCCCUCCUUCGGGUCAAUAUAUACCUCCAAUGCCCCCCCCUCAAGUUCCAGCGACACCAGGCGCAUCUUAUGACAGUAAUUACCCUCCGUUUUCCCGUCAGCGUAAGACUGCCAGAGCAACGCAGGCCUGUGAGCAAUGUCGACAGCGCAAAGCUAAAUGUGACGAGGGUCGCCCUGCUUGCGGUCAUUGUACAGAGAAUAGUAUUCCCUGUGUCUAUAAAGACAUACCUCCGCAUAAACAAGACAAAGCUACCCAACAAGUUUUAGAUCGCUUUGGAGAUUUUGAAAAGAAAAUGGAGAGCCAAUUGCAAGUUUUGGGCCGGUUUGAAGAUCUUGAACGAAAAAUGGAUACCCAAUUCCGUAAGGUAUUCUCCAUUCUAGAGAAAGUCGAGAAGGCGCUCCCAAUUAUCGCCAGGGCACCCAGUCCUACGAAAGAUAUCCUUGAGCCAACCAAGACUACUCCCAUUACGCAGGAGCUGGAUCCAGUCGCUCCAUCUGACAAUGCACCAGGCCAGAAUGAUGAGGAUUCAUUUCGCCACAAAGAACCUAAAGAAACCAAAGUUGAUGAUGAUACAAACGAUGUUCAAAUGAGCGGGUUGUCUGCAGACAUUGUGUCGACCAGCAGUGAAUCGACAACCAAUUCAACGACCAACAGUCUACCUUUGAAUAACAUAGCGUUGAAUGGGUUACCAACUGGCAGCAUGGCCAAAGCAAACAUACCAUUGGGCGGUCUACCUGCAAAAAGUCUUCCACACAGCAAUCUUCCACCCAGCAACCCUCCACCUGGAAAUCUCCCGAGGAACAACUUCCCAAAGAGCAAUCAUCUGAUGAACUCAAUCGCCAGAAAUAGUUAUAUCCUAUCAGAGAAAUUCGAUCAAAUUGUAAACCCAAUUAUCGACGAACCUCUUGUGAAAGAGGAACGAGAUGGAGAAUUGUCGAUUCCUUUGGAACACACUACCGCCGCACAUAAGUUGUUAUCGUGGCCUUCUAUCAAGCGCCUCCUGGAUGAUAAUAUUGAUCCUGAUUAUGUGAUGAAAGGCGAGGAGAAUCGCGGCCUGAUUCGGCUUUAUGGUUGUGGCGAAGGGAGGGAUGAUUAUGCUGAAUAUUAUGAUCUAGACCAAAGAAAACAAACAUCCAUAGGCAGCCCUUCGACAACUUCGUCAAGCCCUUCUUUUAGCGAAGAUGUCUGCCAGCCACCUUUUCCUAGUUGGGGUGUGGGACUCCCAGCCCCUCCUGCUCGGAUACCCGAACGAUCAAUGGAGAACAUAGGCGGACUUGAUGCAUCCGGCUAUUUGAAUACACAGUCUGAAACAGUGAAAAACCUUCAUCACAGUUUCAUACACAAUAUUCAUCUACUCCAUCCUUUCUUAGAUGAGGAGGCGUUACGCAGUAAAAUCGACCAAUUCAUCCAGAGAUAUGGAAAUCCGAAAAGGAGUUUUGUUGGUCAAUCUAGUACCAACUCGAUAGAGGCCCGUGGCGCAAAGCGAAAACGCUCCUUGGAAGGCGUACAUGUCAGAAGCAUGGACAUGUCUCGUUCACCUAGCUCCAGCUCUAGCGUCGAUAGAUGGCAGCCACAACGGAUUGAACGCUCAGUCGAGAAUGCUAUUAUUCUUUUGGUUCUUGCUUUGGGGGCUAUUUGUAACUGGAGAGAAAAACUUCCGCCUCUAGCUACGGACCCCAACCAGAAGCCGAAUGAGAAUGGAUCGCUUGUGUCAUCACCUGCCUUCCGAUCUUCUCUUAGCCACGUCAUUUCGCCGAACUCUGAGCCUGGCUCGAACAGUGUGUCAUUUCAGUCUCCGAAGUUAUCAUUUGAGGAUGGACCAAAUUGGAGAAACGCCGCUGGCCGACAAUCCUCAAUAGUUGGCCAAGACAGCUUCGAACUCUGGACACAAAAAAAUAUAGAUGUGGUUCCUGGGUUAGCUUAUUACGCAUAUGCUACAGAUAUUCUGGGCAAUUUGCAGGGCGGUAGCGGUCUUCUUCACGUGCAAGCUGCCCUACUCGCUGGGUUAUAUGCAGGCCAAUUGGCGCAUCCAUUCCAGAGUCACGGUUGGAUUUACCAGGCAUCUAGAGCCUGCUUAGUGCUUAUCCGAACGAAAAAAUAUCUUGCCAUGCAAGAGGGUCGAAUGAAAGAUCUUCACGAUUUUGCAUACUGGACCUGUUUACAGCUGGAGAGCGAUAUUCUUGCCGAGCUUGACCUUCCUGCUAGUGGGAUUUCCCGAUCUGAAAAUCGUAUUGACUUGCCAAAAGGCUUCUUUACCCUUCAGCUUAACAUCAAUCCUAGAAAUGCGACAGUGAUGUUCUUCUAUUCCGCACAGAUUCAUCUCCGCAAGGUCCUUAAUAGAGUCCAUACAGAUCUUUAUGAAGCAAAAGGGACCGAUAAGGUUAAUCCUAAUCAAUCGAAAGAAGACAAGGCAUUGGGGUUUUCAAGCAGCGUGUUGGCGGUUCUCGGGAUGAACCUUGAUUUCUGGCGCAAAAGCCUUCCCGAACAUAUGAAAUGGGAUGAUGAAGAUGACCCCUCACCUGAUAUAAAUAUAGCUCGAUUGCGCGCUAAGUACUACGGGGCCCGGUACAUUAUAUACCGACCCCUGUUGCACUAUGCGCUACAUCAAUCUGGUGAAACAGAAGAUAUCUCUGCGCAGACUAAUCAUCAAUCUCCUGAUCAACCUGAAGCUAAGAUCGAGUCUCAAUCUUCGUUUACAUCUCAUACACCACAGUCCUCUAGCAUGACACGGUGGCAUAGCGAUGUUGGCGCAUCUGGUCCACAUGAUGAUAGUAUUCACCGCACAGUUGAAUGGGACGAGCUCCCUCAGCCGAUUCAACAAGCAUGCAUCAUAUGUGUUAAUGCAGCUAUGAAAAGCACUACAGCCUUUGAUGGUGUCAAAGGCCGGCCAAUAGUCACGAAUAUUUUCGGUACUGCCCAUGCACAAUUCGGCAAUAUGCUGGUUUUGUCGGCGACCUACAUGUCAAAUCUUCGCCAUUUGGUAGACCGCGACAUGUUGGGCCGGCUGCUCCAGCGUACCAUCAAGUUCCUGCUUCAGAGCGAGAACAUUUCGCCAACAUUGAGAAAAGAUGCUAGUAUUCUCGAGGGUAUUUAUAGAAAAAUAUUUCCCACGCCCAACACUAGCUUCACAGAGUAA